UUUGUGCCGUUGGCCUCUGGAGUUCGUCGGCUCCAAUGGCGGAGUCGGCGGUGGGGGUGAACUGGGGCACCAUCUCGUUACACAGGCUGAAGCCAUCGACGGUGGUGGAUCUUCUGAAAGAUAACAAGAUAUCCAAAGUGAAGAUCUUUGAUACGGACCCUGUCGUUCUCAGGGCUCUAAUAGGGAGUGGGAUUCAGGUUAUGGUUGGGGUCCCAAACGAGAUGCUGGCUUCGUUGAGCUCCUCCGCCGCCGCUUCUGACUCGUGGGUCCGACAGAAUGUCACUGCUUACAUGGGUAAAGGCGGUGUUGAUAUCAGGUAUAUUGCAGUAGGAAAUGAGCCCUUCCUUACGAGUUACUCCGGUCAAUUUCAGUCCUAUGUCGUGCCUGCGCUUCUAAAUCUACAACAGUCCUUGGCCAGGGUGAAUCUUGCUAGCUACAUAAAGUUAGUUGUCCCUUGUAAUGCUGAUGCUUAUGAGUCGUCUCUUCCUUCUCAAGGCGCAUUUCGACCUGAACUUAUGCAAAUUAUGACUCAAAUUGUUUCAUUUCUCAACUCAAAUGGGUCUCCAUUUGUAGUCAAUAUUUACCCAUUUCUGAGCCUAUACGGGAACUCAGAUUUCCCUCAAGACUAUGCAUUCUUUGAUGGAACUACCCAUGCUGUUACAGAUGGGGCCAAUGUUUACACAAAUGCAUUUGAUGGGAAUUUAGACACUCUUGUUGCAGCCCUCACUAAACUUGGAUAUGGUCAGAUGCCCAUUGUUAUUGGGGAGGUGGGUUGGCCUACAGAUGGAGCCAUUGGCGCAAAUCUCACAGCUGCAAGGGCAUUCAACCAAGGUCUCAUAAAUCGUGUUUUGGGUAACAAAGGAACCCCCUUAAGGCCAGGCGUCCCUCCUGCGGAUAUUUAUCUUUUCAGUUUACUCGAUGAAGGCGCAAAGAGCAUUCUUCCUGGAAACUUUGAAAGACACUGGGGGAUUUUUUCCUUUGAUGGUCAGGCUAAAUAUCCGUUGAACCUUGGUUUGGGCAAUAGGCUAUUGAAAAACGCAAGGGAUGUUCAGUAUUUUCCAUCUAGAUGGUGUGUGGCAAACCCAUCUAGGGACUUGUCAAAUGUCGAAAACCAUAUGCAGCUUGCCUGUGGCAUGGCAGAUUGCACAACUCUCAACUAUGGAGGGUCGUGUAAUGGAAUUGGAGCAAAGGGAAAUAUUUCAUAUGCAUUCAACAGCUACUAUCAGCUGCAAAAUCAGAAUGUACGGAGUUGCAAUUUCAAUGGGCUUGGGAUGGUCACUUUCUUAGAUCCUUCUGUUGGGGAGUGUAGGUUUCUUGUUGGUGUCAGUGAGACUUCAUCUAGUUCUCAUCCUUAUAGCAGGUGGGUUAUUUUUUGGUUCUUACUUUCAUUGGGAAUUGGGGUAUUUUUAGUGUGAAGAAAGAAGUUUCUUAAGUGGGUUUUUCCGUGUCCCAUCUUCUGAAGCAAGUAUAGGUGAUAGAUGAUUAUACUUAUUUAUUCUAUGAUUAAUUAAACCAGACGAGUGUAGGAGUAUGCUUUAGUGAAUUGUAUCAUGUAACGGACGUACUUUACUUAUAAGGAUUGUUAAAUUCACUUCUACUUUUACUUGCAUUAUGCUGAUGUAUACCUACAUGUCAGAGAACUCCUUUUGCUUAAUUUAGGUUGAUAUUCA